AAGAAUUCGUUUGUCGCCUUUGUUGGGCCCAAGAAUACGAGGCCAGGCCUGCCGAUGGAGAGGAGCGAGUCCAACCAAGACGCGCUUCAGUGCAGGACCAGAAGUAGCCGUUGGAGAAAUAAUAAUACUCCAUCCCCGUGCAGUGCAGUGCGGACAGACGCUUCUUCCUACUAGCCGUUGCGUUGCUCACUCCCACUCGCCACCAUUUCUCUCCAUGCUUGCAGCCAGCCAUCUCUACUGCUGUUUUCUUCUUCUUCUUCUUCACCUUGCUGCCACCUGAGCUUCUCUUGCCUCCAAAUUCACAACCACCAUGCCGCCGCCAAAACUUCGCCUCCUACAUUGCUGCGCUGCUGCAGCAGCCACGCUCCUCCUGCUCGCGCCGCCGCCGGCCGCCGCUCAGACCCACCGUCACCACCACCCCACCGGAGACGGCGUCGUCAUCACCCAGGCUGACUACCAGGGCCUGCAGGCCAUCAAGCACGACCUCUCCGACCCCUACGCCUUCCUCCGCUCCUGGAACGACUCCGGCCUCACCGCCUGCUCCGGCGCCUGGGCGGGCAUCAAGUGCGUCCGCGGCACCGUCGUCGCCAUCACGCUCCCCUGGCGCGGUCUCGGGGGCACCCUCUCCCAGCGCGGCAUCGGCCAGCUCACCGGCCUCCGCAGGCUCAGCCUCCACGACAACGCGAUCGCGGGCCCCAUCCCCGCCGCGCUCGGCUUCCUCCCCGACCUCCGCGGCGUCUACCUCUUCAACAACCGCUUCUCCGGCGCCGUGCCGCCGUCCAUCGGCCGAUGCAUCGCGCUCCAGUCCUUUGAUGCCAGCAACAACCGCCUCACCGGUACCAUCCCGCCCGCCGUCGCCAACUCCACCAAGCUCAUCCGCCUCAACCUCAGCCGCAACGACAUCUCCGGUGACAUCCCCGCCGAGGUCGCCGCCUCCCCGUCCCUCCUCUUCCUCGACCUCUCCCACAACAACCUCUCCGGCCCCAUCCCCGAUGCCUUCGCCGGCUCCAAGACAGCGCCUUCUUCGUCGUCCUCGCAAAAGGAGGCCAUCACCGGGAGCUACCAGCUCGUCUUCCUCAGCCUCGCGCACAACGCGCUCGAUGGGCCCAUACCCGACUCACUCACAAAGCUCAGCAAGCUGCAGGAGGUGGACCUCGCCGACAACAAGCUCAACGGCACCAUCCCUGACCAGCUCGGCUCGCUCGCCGACCUCAAGACGCUCGACCUCUCCGGCAACGCUCUCACCGGGGAGAUCCCGGCGAUCCUCGCCAACCUCACCGCCACACUCCAGUCCUUCAACGUCUCCUACAACAACCUCUCCGGCGCGGUGCCAGCCUCGCUCGCCCAGAAGUUUGGGGAACCCUCCUUCACCGGGAACAUACUGCUCUGCGGCUACUCUGCUUCGACGCCCUGCCCGGCGGCGCCGUCCCCGGCGCCAUCCGCACCGGCGUCACCCGCGCAAGAGUCCACCGGGCGGAGCCACCGCAACUUCAGCAAAAAGGAGCUCAUACUGAUCAUCGUGGGGAUUGUCGUCGGCGUCCUAAUCUUGCUGCUCCUCUGCUGCCUCCUGCUCUGUUUCUUGACAAGGAAGAGGUCUUCCAGCAGUACAGGAACAAGGAGCGGGAAGCAGGUGGCUAAGGAGGCUGGUGAUGCGGGCACCGCGGCGGCCGGGCGCGGCGAGAAGCCAGGGUCGGGCGCGGCGGAGGUGGAGUCAGGCGGCGACGUGGGCGGCAAGCUGGUGCACUUCGACGGGCCGCUGGCGUUCACGGCGGACGACCUGCUGUGCGCGACGGCGGAGAUCAUGGGGAAGAGCACGUACGGGACGGUGUACAAGGCGACGCUGGAGGACGGCAGCCUGGUGGCCGUCAAGCGACUCAGGGAGAAGAUCACCAAGGGCCACAAGGAGUUCGAGGCCGAGGCGGUGGUGCUCGGCAAGAUCCGGCACCCCAACCUGCUCGCGCUGAGGGCAUACUACCUGGGACCGAAGGGGGAGAAGCUGCUCGUCUUCGAUUACAUGCCCAAGGGGAGCCUCUCCGCAUUCUUGCAUGCUCGCGCUCCCAACACACCGGUGGACUGGGCGACGCGGAUGACAAUCGCCAAGGGCACCGCCCGUGGGCUGGCCUACCUCCACGACGACAUGAGCAUCGUCCACGGCAACCUCACCGCCAGCAACGUCCUCCUCGACGAGCAGUCCAACCCCAAGAUCGCCGACUUGGGGCUGUCCCGCCUCAUGACGGCCGCCGCCAACUCCAACGUGCUCGCGGCGGCGGGCGCCCUGGGCUACCGCGCGCCGGAGCUGUCGAAGCUGAAGAAGGCGAGCGCUAAGACGGACGUGUACAGCCUGGGCGUGAUCAUCCUGGAGCUCCUGACGGGCAAGUCCCCCGCGGACAGCACCAACGGCAUGGACCUGCCGCAGUGGGUGGCGUCCAUCGUGAAGGAGGAGUGGACGAGCGAGGUGUUCGACCUGGAGCUAAUGCGGGACGCGGCCGGGGACGAGCUCAUGGACACGCUCAAGCUGGCACUGCACUGCGUGGACCCGUCGCCGUCGGUGCGGCCCGAGGCCCGGGAGGUGGUGCGGCAGCUGGAGCAGAUCAGGCCGGGGACGGAGGGCGGCGCCGGGCCGAGUGAGGAAGGUGGUGCCACGCAUGUUGCAGGAGAUGAUGAUGAGUAGCACCACCAGUUGCAGUGCAGCAACCAGCCGGCAAGAAUUACAAGAAGAAAAGAAAUGAGGAUUUAGCUAGAGAAUUCUUUGGUUUAUAUCUACGAAUUCUUUGAUUUAUUUGAUUGCGUAGGGGAUCGAUCGGAUCAUCCAUCCAUUUUCUGCCGUUUUAGUAGGUUGUAUAGGCAAAUAUUAUUUGCCCUAGAAUCGCUGUACGAUCAAGGACGAAAAAGAGAAAAAAAAAAACUUGCUAUUCAUUUGAUUUA